CUUGGAAAAUUGUUUGUCAUGUGACUGUCAUGGCGUUAUGAAUCAGCGUAAAACUCAGCGCUACUAGCACUUUCAAGUCAACAGUCGGAGAGAAGAAUAAUUGGAAACAGAGAGGAAAUCGGUUGCCUUCCGUCAAGUUCAUUGUAGAUGCUGCCACCAUCAAACACUCUCCUAGUCAAAAGUGCAGAUGACGUGACAUUUCACUGUCAGUACGUUGCGAAGUUUACAGCUUGUACAGGCAGUAACUUGUUUUUCUCGUCCUCAAGAUGAACGCAAUUAUUGCCUUGUGUCAUUUCUGUGAAUUCCACGGGCCUAGUGUCUUGUUUUGCACACAGGCUUUCCACUGUGAAGCCCAUGAUCCUCUCAAAGGAACUUGCACUUCUGUUUUGGAGUGCGGAGCGUGUAUCAAACGGAAUUUUACCCGCUUUGGAUCAGAAACCCCAGGUUCUGAAAGUGCACAGGAAUCAAGACAAUCAUGGGCGUCAACUAGACCAAGCCAAUGUGAGGCUUGCAAGUCUUUAGACCACAAUCAUGCAGGAUAUAUCAGUAUUGAUCAUGAGGCUCACAUCAGUUACUAUAGCAACAGGUCACCAGAACAGCCAGAGCUGUACAGUGUUGUAAGGCAAGCAUGUGUUAGAAGUUUGAGUUGUGAGGUGUGUCCAGGUCGUGAAGGUCCAAUGUUCUUUGGGGAGGAGUCAUCAGGUUAUGUGUUCACUCACACCUUCUUCCUUAAGGACACUCAAUCUAGAGGAUUCCAGAGAUGGUAUAGUUUAAUUGCUGUUAUGAAGGACCGCAUUUAUUUAGUGAACUCUUGGCCAUUCUUAGUAAGCCAUUUCAGGGAAUUAAUAGAUGAACUGCAGGCCAAGGCAACUGGUGUUUAUGAUGCUGAGCAUGCUGCAAGUAUACAGAAAGGACAACACAUUCAGCCCAGUGCUAAUGGCCUCUUUCUCACUCCUGAUAUUUUUCGAAGACAGCGAGGUGGAAAUAAAACCUACAGAGGAAUUGCUGACCUUCUCAGAGACAAAGAUCUGUUUGCCACUCUCCACCAACGGUUUUCAUGGAUGCUGAAAGCAUGUGGAAACAGAAUAACUGAAAAGCUUCUUGAGGGACCACCAAAGGAGGAACUCCUGACAGAUCUAGAGGCUCAACUGGAGGAAGAUGAUGAUCAAGAAGACACUGACACGGAAAAGGAAUCUGACACUCCUGAAGAAGAGGACACGCGUGGACCAGUUUUCAGCUCUCUCCGGCACAUUCUAAAGGUUUUAGGAAGUCAGCACUUUCACUUGUUAGCGUUUCAUGUGAUUCAAGGCAACCAAGUCAUUGUGCGAGGCGAGAAACGAAAGACUGUUGAAUCAGUUCUGAACUGCCUCAAGGUUCUUAUACCAAGUGGAUGCUGUUCGUGUAUUCCAUACAGUACAAAGUACAAGGAUUCGUGGCAAUGUAAUUUCCUUGGUCUUGCUCCAGGAGUUGAGAUUCCGCCUCAUGUGUUGUCAUCUGACCUCUUUGUUCUACUUGAUAUCAUUUCCCCUCGAGGACAUGUCCCUGAAGGCCCUGUUGCCGACCAAUCAAGAGAUGACGAACACGAUUUCCCAGGGUAUGGGUUUGUUGUGUGUGGAAAAGAGAAUGCUACAGACCCUACCAUUCUGCAAAAAGUAGAAGAAGCCCUGGAUAACGACAGUCUCUCUGAUGCAGUGUUUGAUCAACUGCUGAUUUGUCUCAAGGAGGAGUGGAUGGACAAAGUUAAAGUGGUUUUCAAGUUUGCCCGGUCAGGUAACAGUACCAGUGAAGAUAAAGAAAAACUUCUAAAAAUUCUUGGUGCCAAAUCAGAGGAUGAAAUCGUUCUCAAGUUUUGGAUGACAGGACUAAACAAACAGUACAGAUCACAUCUGCUGACUUGCAGUAGUGCUGGCUCAACCUCGUGACCAUCACUCACAAACUUCCUCAGUCUGGAUGUUUGACAGUCCUCUUUCGGCAAGCUAGUUUCCAGUUUCCGACGGCUUUGAACAUUAUGGGGCUGUUAGCUCCUCGUCAGUUUGCCAUUUAUUGUUUCCAUGGUGAUAAGAGUGAUCGGCCACUUUAUAACUCUCAGGGAUGAAUAGGAGAAAACUUUGUUUGAGGGUGCUAUUGAGGUUACCUAGUAACAGACAAAUGGCGCAGAAUUCUAACUGACAAAAUAGUUUUUCCCUACGGCAGAAAGAGACAACUAACAAGUGACUCUCCAGGAUCAUUCUUUAUCAGAAACCAUCCUUACAGUUCCUUUAUUCCCAAGGGGUUCUGGAGAGAAAGUCCGAACUUCUCUGUGAAAGCUGUCCAUGUGUUUUGUUUGCACAAGAAAAUGACUUAUGGACGGAAAAACGGCAUCACUAAUCCUCCUUAAGUUUGGAACUAUAAGAAAUGUUAGCUUGUUACAAUGAUGAUGGAUGAUUUAAUUACAUUAAUCAAAUCGGUAGCGGAUUAGCAAUAUCAGAUAAAAUUAUAACAUUAAAAUGUCUGUUAGCGAGCAAACAAA